AUGAAUUUGAUUCUAUGGCUACAAAUAUUAUUCGUCGCUACUGUCAGCGCAAAUACGGAAUCAUUUCUUCUGCAUGUACCCAGUGAUUUCCCACUGCGCAAAAACUCCGAUGAGCCAUCUUCUUACCCAAGGUAUAUCUCACUUCAUAAUUCCAACCUUGCCAAGACUACCUUUUUUAGUGGAAUUGAAGGUCCUACAUAUAUAGAACUGAAAUCUUUACAAGUUGAUGAGACGUAUCAGAUCAAGAUUUGUUGGACCGCGUUAGAUCCGGUGUCAAUAACUGAUAUAGAUUGGAUAGUUAUACCACAUUCAACGGAGUUCCAAAACACCAAAAGCGACGAGGCAAGAAUAUUCAUAAAAUUUAAUGUGGUGGCGGAUUCUUGGCCGCCACUAAAUCAAUUGACAAAAAUACCAAUUAACGUUUCGGUAAUUAAUACAAAAUUAGGUAUACCAGUUGAUCUUUACAAAAUUAUCAUUUACAUUGGGCUUGUAAUGACCAUUACUUUUUGGAUAAAUGGCCGAACCAAUCUUUACGAAUUGUUGAAAAAUCUAUAG